AUGGCCACCAAUAAGCCUGAGUCAAAUACCCUGCUAGAGUUUGAGGAGGUGGCAACAGCAGAAGGGACUGUCAGCAAACAAGAUGUGAGAUCAAAUAUUGGAACAUUCCAAGGAGAAAUCAUGGCCUCAGUUAUCAAGAAGCUCAGAGAGGAAGCCACCUGCUCCAGCUGCCUGCAGCUGAUGACUGACCCUGUGGUCAUUGACUGUGGGCAUAGCUUCUGCCGUAUGUGCAUAAUGGGCAUCAUUGAGAACCAGCAAAGGGACCUACCAAUAGGGGAGAUAUAUGUCUGUGCUCUGUGUAUGCAGACAUUUCAAAAAGAGAGCCUCCGACCCAAUAAGAAGCUGCAAAGCAUCAUCGAAACUAUCAAUAACAUGAGCUGUGAAAAGUUGUGUGAGGAACAUGAAAAGAAGCUCCAACUCUACUGUGAAGAUGAUGACCAGCUCCUCUGCUUGUACUGUGAACAAAAACCGCAGCACAAAGGACAUGUCUUGGUUCUUGCUAAAGACGUCUGCGAAGACUACAAGGAAAUGCUACAGAAAGCAGUGACAAAAUUGAGGGAAGAUGAGUCCCUAUGCAACAACCUGAAGUUGUUCCUAAGAAAACAGAGGACAGAAUGGGAGGAGAAGGUCACACUUCAGAGACAAAAAAUCCAGUCUGAAUUUGAGAACCUUUGUAGAUUUCUGCGCAAGGAAGAGAAGCAUUUUCUAAGGAGGCUUGAGCAAGAAGAGGAGCAGACCCUGAGGCAAUUGCAGGAAGGUGAAGACAAUCUGGAAAAACAAAACCAGCAACUGCAAAAUUACAUCCGGGUUCUUGAGAGGAAAUGUCAGGACUCAGUCCAGAAUCUGAUGGAGGGUGUGAAACUCGCCUUGAGAAGGAGUUUUGAUGUGAAGCCGGAAUUGCCGGAGGCCAUCUCUUUGGACCUUCAUACUGUGUGUAACGUUUCUGAGCUUUACUUUGAUGUGAGGAAAGUUUUAAAGAGAUAUCAAGUCAACGUGACUCUGGAUCCAAAAACAGCUCAUAGAGACCUAUUUGUGUCUAAGGAUGGGAAAAAGGUGACCGGUGGCUGUCUCCAGAAGAAGCGGCUCUCUGCCAGUAGAUUUACUUCCAUACCCUGUGUCCUGGGGUAUGAAAGAUUUAGCUCAGGAAGACAUCACUUUGAAGUAGAUGUGGGAGGAGAAAGUAAAUUGUGUGGGUUUGGAGUUUGUCUGGCCGAUGUGCUAAGAGACAUUAAUAUGAAGCUAAAGCCUGAGUGCGGAUUCUGGGCCAUCAGACUCUGCUCUGACAGAGGCUUACAAGCUCUUACCUGGCCACGAACCUCCCUUCACCAGGAAUAUCUCUCGGUUGUAGGGGUUUUUGUGGACUAUGAGGCUGGACUUGUCUCCUUUUACAACAUGGAAACUGGUUUCCACAUCUUCACUUUCCCCAAGGCUUCCUUCUCUCACCCUCUCCGGCCUUUUUUUCUGGUCUAUUCAUCUUCUUCUCUGACCUUGUCUCCACCAGAUAUGUUGGUAAAGAAGCAAAGUCCCCUCCACUGACUAU